GUUGACGUCCCAACACAAUUAUUAUUGACCAGUUUUCUGUUAACGUAUUAAUCAAGUAUAAAAACGGUGGUGCUCAUUAAUUUUAAUUCAUUCAUUUUAAUAUCUAACAGGUACACCGAGUGCAUUAUAACUGAACUAUGAUGUCUGGGGCUGUAAUUAGAAUAAUCCUGAUUACUAUUUCAAUACUUUUGAGUACAGCCUCAGUAGUCCUAGCUAAGCCAACGCCAGAUCCUGAUCCUAACGCAAAUCCAAAUCCAUUUUUUGCAGUAGGAGUAUGGCCUUAUGGAUGGAGUUGGUCGUAUGCUGUUCCUCCAUAUACAUAUUACCCGUACUAUAACGUUCGUUAUAGAGUAGUGGUAGGAUGAUCAUUCUACUAGUGUUCAAAUUGAACACUAUACUAUGAUGUAGAUAAUGUUGAUUUUGACCAAUAAAUAUUUGUCACAAUGCGU